GCGAUGAUUGGGUGAAGGAUUGUGCAUUGGAAACCAUCAAGCUGGGGCCGUGUUUUUGUUAGCGGCCAGCUGGGACUGAAAGACUGACAGACGGACAGACAGACAGACGAUGCUGCAGAAUGAUGCUUCUGUUUCCCUGCAGCGUGUGUGUGCGGGAUUAGCCGCUACUUAGCGUUGUGUGUUGCAUGUGCGGACGCUGCGCGCCGCGGGCCGCCAGCCAGCCAGCCAGCCAGCCGGCCGGCCGCGUCAGGUGGAUGCGCCUGCCAGUGAUCCAGGUCGCUCCUAUGGAUCGCGUCCAUGGAUGUCUUCAAACCCGCUCUGGACAAUCGUUUGAGUCCCAAGGCGUGCGUUUCCUCGUCGGAAGAAGCAGAGGCAGAUGUUUUUCGCUGGCCGAGACCGGAUGAUGCCAUCAGCGCCGCGCCGGAUGCGGCGCCCGCCGCGCGGGGCUUCUGGACGGCCGUGUUUGACUAUGAAGCGACCGCGGACGACGAGCUCAGCCUGCGUAGGGGCGACCUGGUGGAGGUGCUGUCCAAAGACUCCCUGGUGUCCGGGGACGAGGGCUGGUGGACCGGGAUGAUAGCAGACCGGGUUGGCAUUUUCCCGUCCAAUUAUGUGAGCAACGGGAACGGCAUCCCGGAGGAGACACGGCACACCUCGGAGCAGCAGUACUCCGUGCCUCCUCUGCACCUCCUGGAGAUUGAUUUCUCGGAGCUGACCCUGGGCGAAAUCAUCGGCGUGGGCGGUUUUGGAAAAGUCUACCGCGCAGUGUGGCGGGGUUCAGAGGUGGCGGUGAAGGCCGCCCGGCGGGACCCCGACGAGGACCCGGAGCAGACUCUGGAGAGCGUGCGCCAGGAGGCCAAACUCUUCGCCAUGCUCAACCAUCCCAACAUUAUGGGUCUGCUGGGGGUCUGUCUGCAGGAGCCCAACCUGUGUCUGAUCAUGGAGUACGCCCGGGGAGGCCCCCUCAAUCGGGCCCUCGCUGGGAAACGCAUCCCUCCGUGCACGCUGGUGGACUGGGCAGUGCAGAUCGCCAGGGGCAUACUGUACCUCCACAGCCAGGCCAUCGUCCCCAUUAUUCACCGGGACCUCAAGUCCAGCAACAUCCUGAUCCUUGAGAGGGUCGAGAUGGAGGACCUCAGCAACAAGACUCUGAAGAUCACAGACUUCGGGCUGGCUCGGGAGUGGCACCGCACCACCAAGAUGAGCGCCGCCGGCACCUACGCCUGGAUGGCUCCCGAAGUCAUCCGCUCAUCCACCUUCUCCAAGGGUAGCGACGUGUGGAGCUUUGGCGUGCUGUUGUGGGAGCUGCUGACCGGAGAAGUUCCCUUCCGUGGUAUCGAUAGUCUUGCAGUGGCUUAUGGCGUGGCGAUGAACAAGCUGGCUUUGCCCAUUCCCUUGACCUGUCCUGAGCCCUUUGCACGUCUUAUGGAAGAAUGCUGGAGCUCAGACCCACACUCCCGACCGCAGUUCACAUUAAUUCUGGACCAGCUGACGGCCAUCGAAGAGUCUGGCUUUUUUGAGAUGCCAGCGGAGUCCUUCCACUCUCUGCAGGAUGACUGGAAACUGGAGAUCCAGGAGAUGUUUGAUCAGCUUAGGACCAAGGAGAAGGAGCUGCGGUCGUGGGAGGAGGAGCUGACCCAAGCUGCCCUGCAGCAGAAAUGCCAGGAGGAGGCGUUGAGGAGGCGCGAGCAGGAGCUAGCCGAGCGGGAGAUCCACAUCCUGGAGCGAGAGCUCAACAUAAUCAUUCACCAGCUCUACCAGGAAAAGCCCCACGUGGAGAGCAGGCAGGGCAAGUUCCGCCGCAACCGCCUCAAAGUCAAGGAUGGGAACAGGAUCAGCUUACCUUCAGAUUUUCAGCACAAAAUCACAGUGCAGGCGUCUCCCUCACACGAUCGGCGGAGGAGUUUGCUCAGCAGCGGUUCCAGUCCACCGAGCAGCCCCCCGAUGCUGUCCCGCCUCAGAGCCAUCCAACUCACUCCAAGGGAGGGAUAUACAGCCUGGGGUCGACACUCAGGCUGCCAUCAGGAUGAAGAGGACGGUGAGAGGAAGGGCUCCAGGAAAAAGGGCAGAACCCGCGGCUGUGGCCCGUACAGGGAGCACAGCGCCGACGCCACUGUGAAGCCUCCCCACGAAGGCAGCAGGCAGCGGUCCUGCAGCGCCCCAAACCUUCGCAGAUCCCCGAGGCACAGUCCCGCAGUUCCUGGAGUUCCCAGCCUCGUGGAGAUGGAAAAUGAAGACUGCUGCUUCACUACUGAGCCGGGGGCGGCUCCUGAUCAGUCCUACCUCUGCAUACCCUUCCAAAAGGAGGGCCACGCGACCCCCGCUGCCGCCGCCGCCGCCGCUGCUGCUGACGGUGACGGAGGUGAGUGCUGCCCAGGCGGCCAGGUUCCGGGGACACCGCCAUGCAGGAAGAGUCCCGGCGGGGGUCGGCGGUCCGAGCUGGUCCUGCUGGGCUGUGGAGCUCUGCUGGCAGCCGUCGGACUGGGCUGCAACCUUCUGACCCUGGCCCAACCGGAGGAGAACAUCAAAUCCAGAUGGGAAGGUUUCUUCCACAGAUCAGGGGGCCAGAGGCGGAGCAUCAGCCCACCGACCCGCAGACUGUUCCGGCGGGAGAGCCCACUCAAACCCUCGGCGCCCUCGCUGCCGGAGCGCGGCUUGCCCCCCUCUUACACCCUGUUGUCUUUGUCAUCGGUGUCCGACUGCAACUCCACUCGCUCGCUUCUGCGCUCCGACAGCGAGGAGCUGCUGGUCUGCCGCUCCGCCUCCCCGCUCAAACGCCAUCCGGCCGCCCAAACCCCGACCAACCCGCUGGUCAACACCCACCUCGAGAGCUUCAAGCGCAACCCCCGGCAGUCUCUCACACCCACGCAUGUGCCAUCCGCCCCGUGUUCCUCGCGUGUUCUGCGCCGGACGCCAUCAGACGGCGCCAUCAAGAAGAGCUGCCCUUCUAAUAAUCUGGAACCUUUGCCAGAAACGAUGGCAUUUGAGAACACAGGAGGCUUCAGAGGUUUAAAAGAAGACUGUCCAAAGGUCCCCCGGCUCCCCGAUCCAAAUCUUGUGUUCCCUCCAACUCCCCGUCGCCGCUGUGCUCCUGAACGCCCCAAAACCCUUGACUUCGUGGCCCGGCCUCGGCCCUCCCCGCGGGCCCACUGCGACAAGUUUUGGGCGGAAGCAAGGCCCAGGGGGAACGGACAAAACCUGGGCAGCGGCGAGUCCCCUGCCCACACCUCCAGCAUAGAGACUCCCCCGACCGUGGAGUUCGGUAGGGACCCGGCGGUCCUGCCCACCCCAAUGGAGGCCCCGACGCCCUACUCGCCCCGGAAGAAGGAAAACCUGUUGGAUCGGUUGGAUGAGGGACAGUGCCGGGAUGGAACCGUACCACUCUGUAAGCCCGAGACCAGCUUUCCCAAAGACUCCCCUUACCGCCACAGACCUGGAUACUGGUCCUGAGUCGGCCCCAUGCAGCCCUUCAGCGGAGGGGGGCGGCUGUUACCCUUUGGAUGCUCAGCUCGGCGUCAAUCAGCACUGACGGAAUUAAUCUGUUUUAGCUUUAAUCAGGAUUUAGUGAGGGGGGGGGGGGGCUCACCUAUCUAUUGCCGUUGAAUUACAGGAAGUCCUUUUUUACUGUGAAUUUUACCUAACAUUUGUUGUUUUGGGAUCCUUAAAUUUGGGUUAGAGAAGUAUUUUGAGACAGCCGGGGUUUUCUGAUGCAUCAGAGUGACUUCAUUUUGUUCCUUUGCACAGAAUCCCCGUCAUUCCCCAUUCAAAAUGAUUUCUUUGCGGAUGAACUAACUAAUCGGCUCCGAGGCAGCAUGGCAAUGACAGUUUCACAAAGCUUUAAAUUUCUAUUUUUAUUUCAAGUUUCACUUCAAGAUUGUGCAUUUAAUGAAGUGCACUUUUAGAAAGCAUCAUGAAUGUAAAGCUUCCGGCUUUUCACGUCAUCAAAAAAAAAAAAGCAUUGUCUUGUCGGUAACCGCGUCAUGUUAUUUUAACUCCUCUGCAUAACUCACUCUCCUGUGCUGGUGGCUCACGGAGUCAUCACCACUAGUACACAGCAAUAUCCCAGAAGAUGGAGACGGAGGAUAUUGUUGUAUAUUAUGCGCACUUAUUUGCUUAUUUAACCCGCGGUGACAGCACAAUAAUGUCUGGCACCGUUUUGAGCCCCUCUACGGUGAACUGUACUAUAAAGAAGAAGGUUUGGCUUAUUGUUGGGUCCAAAACACUGACAGGAAGUCCCAACGGGAUACGUGACCGUCCAUUCUUUGUGAUCCUGUCAGAUCGGCUUGAUGAAGCAUUUCUUAUUCAAACUAAAGAGCGAUGGUUGUGUUUGUAAGUCGUCUGCCUCAUGUGUGUUUGAUGAAGAUCGAAUGAAGGAUGUAAUGUAUGAAAGUGACAAACUGCACAAAUGUUGAAGCAGGCCCUGGUGGCAUGUCGAAGUUCAUUCCUGAUUAUUUGUAUUUAUUGAUUCAUUUCUUAUUUAUUUUUAUAAUUCAAUGCAUUUUGCCUUGAUUUUUGAGACCUGUAAAUGUCUAUGAAUGUUCUUGGAGAUUACUGUGGCUUCAAACAAGAUGGACUCACAUUUUACUUGCUUUAUAUUGAUUUGUGUGUUUCACACAAUUUAAAUAAGGUCGUUGUUUUGAACAUUUUUAACAUUGAUGUAUGAUGUUGAGUAGUUCGAAUCCAACCAUAGAACUAAAGCUGACACGAUGAGUUGCUGUAUCAAUAUUAUGAAGUGAAAACAUUCCCAAUUCCAGGCUCUGAAAUGUGAGAAUUGGCUGUUUUUCUUCAUCUUGUCUUAACGUCUGGGCUGUUGUCCUGAACAAACAAGCAAUUUGAUGACUAUACAGGCUUAAGUGAACUUGUUGAAAAUGGCUUAAUUAUCGACGGAUUAUUCAAAAAUGUAAGUAUUAGUUGCCGCUCCAAAUCCAACAAUCAAUUAAGUUAUUUAAGUGAGCUUAAUGCAUGAAAGCUGGUUCGUGCACAUUUCUGGUUUCUGCUUUUGACAUUUGUUUGUUUCGAGUAGACCGAGUUGGUUUGACGAGGGAAUUCCGGAUACUGGAAGUGACUGACGCAGUCACAGAUGGGAAAUUCCACCUGUUCACUGUCACAGGUUCCAGAAGCUAAAAAGAGAUCGUUAAUGAUCAAUUAUUUGAAGAUACAAAUGUGACUCUGCUCUUCAUGCCUGUUUUCUCUUUUGAUUCUCAAAUGUUAAGUGGCCUCUCAGCCCGGAGGACGGAAUCCUCUGAGAUUUGAUCCGUCCUCAUUCGGGAGGGUGACCCAAUGUACGCGUAAAUGCAAAUGCUUGUUCUCUAGCGACUGUGCAGAAUGUGAACAUGCUCGAUUUACUGUACACCAGUAUUUCAGCUGAGGGUGCUAGUUGAAAUUAAGCUCUGCUGUCUGAUUCGUCGCCAAGGUGUCGUUAUCUGUCUGAAAUGUUACCACGAAUAAGCUGAUUUUACUGUUGCUGAAGGACAUUGUUCAAGUUGGUAAUAAUACUGUUAUGGAUUGACAUGUAUUUGCACUGGAACACGCUUAUUUGAGUAAAAUCCUAGGAAACGAUC